GACUAGGAGGUAGGCGCAGGCGUUUUAAAGUGAAAGAUCUGAAUUUCAAGAAGGAACCAGCGUCCCCUUCCCUGAAGCCAUCGCUUGCCAUGGAAGAAGAGACUGCCACUAGAUUAUAACGGAUUCCUUUGCUGGGGGCUAGGGGGGUGUCUUUUGUUGCUGUUAUCGUCAUCCCCCCCGUUUGGGGCACUUUCAGAGAAUUUUUGUUGCUGGUUGUUUAUUGCUGCCGCUACCCAGAUGUUAGUUCACACGUAUUCCGCCAUGGACCGCUCCGACGGGCUGAACGGGAGCUCCACCGGCGGGCGCCUCUCGCAGCUGUCCUCGCUCAACCAGGCGGCGGCGUACUCCUCGGCUCCCCCUCUGUGCCACACGCCGGCCUCGGACUUCCAGCCGCCCUACUUCCCGCCGCCCUACCCGCAGCCCCCGCUGCCCUACUCGCAGAGCCAAGAGGCCGGCUACCCGCACCUGGGCGACCCCUACGCCGGCAUCAGUCCCAUCCACCAGCACCAGCAGGGCGGCUGGCACUCGCAGCGGGCGCGCCAGGAAGAAGCCGCCGCCGCCGCCGGCCUCCUCUCGCAGACACACCGCGCGCUGGGCCUGGAUCCGCGCAGGGACUACGCCGGCGUGCCGCGGUUGCUGCACGGCCUAGCCGACGGGGCGCACGCACUGGGCGACGGGCCGCUGGGACUCCACGCCCUGGGCCACCACAGCCUCGAAGACAUCCAGGCAGUGGAUGAAACGGGCAUGAGUCUCUUGGACCAGUCUGUGAUCAAAAAAGUGCCCAUCCCCUCAAAAGCCAAUGGCACCACCAUCUCUGCCCUGACAAUGAACAAAGACACCCUGAUCGGAGGGGUGACCAAUCCGAACGAAGUCUUCUGCUCAGUGCCUGGCCGCCUGUCCCUCCUCAGCUCCACCUCCAAGUACAAAGUAACUGUCGGCGAAGUCCAGAGACGCCUCUCGCCCCCUGAGUGUCUGAACGCCUCCCUUCUUGGUGGGGUCCUCCGGAGAGCAAAGUCUAAAAAUGGUGGUAGAUGCUUACGGGAAAGACUGGAGAAGAUAGGGUUAAAUCUACCCGCAGGGAGGCGCAAAGCUGCAAAUGUCACCUUGCUAACGUCGCUGGUGGAAGGAGAAGCCGUUCACCUUGCCCGAGAUUUUGGCUACGUGUGUGAAACAGAGUUUCCAGCCAAGGCCGCUGCGGAGUACCUCUGCCGCCAGCACUCCGACCCUAGUGAACUCCAUGCCCGGAAGAACAUGCUCCUGGCAACCAAGCAAAUCUGCAAAGAGUUUGCCGAUUUGAUGGCCCAAGAUCGCUCUCCACUUGGAAACAGCCGCCCAUCGCUCAUCUUGGAACCCGGCGUUCAGAGUUGCUUGACCCACUUCAGCUUAAUAACUCAUGGUUUUGGGGGGCCGGCCAUCUGCGCGGCCCUCACGGCGUUCCAGAACUACUUGGUGGAGUCGCUCAAAGGGUUGGAUAAAAUGUUCAUGAACAGCACAGGCAACGGCCACCCCGUCAGUGACUCCAAAACAUCAGAAAAGGAGGUGAAACAUCGGAAAUAACCCCCACCGUCCCCCAGUCUGCCCCAAGCAGAGGGCUCUUCCACUCCCCAGUUCAUGAGAUAGGAGGCCUGGUCUUAGCAGCGCUGGAAAACGAAAAACCAGUUAAGACCCAACCCUUCUGCCAUGUUUCCCAACUGUGACACAAGUAGCUCUGAAACCAAGUAAACAACAAACGAAGAUUGAAGGAAGAGGAAUAUCUCCAUGGACCUCAUCGCGACGGAAGCCAGUCAAGAGAAGUUGAUGGCUUCUGCUGACACUUUUGAUGUUCUGUAGCAGGUUCCGGAAGCUAGGUCACAUGUGCAAUUCCACCCCCACCCCCACCCCAUUUUUCUUUUUGAACAAAGGCCAAGGCCACAGUCGCAAAAUAUGGAGGCGUUCCUGGAGAUGAGCAACAUAAAAUUGUGGAAUCUACUUCAAGUCAAUGUGCCAAUGGAUAUUUAUUUGUGUCAUGGGACAGACCUGGUUAUGUAAAGCCGUAGAGAAAGGAUCCACAGAUAUCCACUUUUGGUGUGGUCCUAUGGUCACAGAAAGGGGAACCUUGCCAGUGAUGCUAUCUCUGAGCAGUUCUGUGGCUUUGUUUACUUAUUUUGACCAGUUGGAACUCACUGAGCAUCUUCUCUAGGUCCAGAGAAAGUUUUGCAGAAGACAGAUACACCAAUAUGUACCUUUUGGAAGGUUCCCCUAAAAGAAGCAGAAUCCAUGUUAACCUUCCAUUCUAUCCUAGGGUCUUUUGGCCAACCUGAACCCAAGACGAGUGAGGUUCUACUACUAGCUUCCCUUCCCAGGUUUUCAAGACAUUAGUAAUAAUAUUAAAUAAAAUAAUAAUAAUAAUAAUAAUAAUAAAUUAAUAAAUGAUUAAAGCACAAGGAGCAGGACUUGAAAGAGGCCAAACCGAACUGUUUUGAAAUCUGUAUAUAUUUAUUUAUGUGUAAUUAAAUCAAAAAAGUUUUAAAAUGUCCAGUGCGCGUUAUUUAUAUCCAAUUAAGUUGGGACUUCUUAAAAAAAAAUCUUUUUGAAAGAUAAGUUGGUUUUUGGAAUUUUCUGGAAUGAUGUUUUGGAUACACAACAUGUAGCAUGGACAAUAGCCUGUGAUCCUAUACAAUUAGAGACAUUUAGCCCGGUUUGGUUAUUUUUCUUUUGUACGUGCUGUUGUUUCUCUUUUAAAAGCUGCAAUAGAUGUACAAUGCCGCCGCCACCACAAUGUCAGUCAUUAUCUUAAUAAAACCUCUUUUUAUUUGGAAACAGAA